AUGCUCUUCUUCCCGCAGUUUCAGGAAUUCACGCUCAAAGUCCUCGUUCACCUUCCUCCUCUCAUCGCCCUCAUCACCCUCAUCAAAUCAACCAAGCAACAGCAUCACAACGCCGGGACGGAACAAGCUUCAAGCGUGGCAUCAGAACAUGCGAUGGUGGAGCACCCUCUCCUCAUUCGAGACGAACCGGAGGAUCUCACGCCUGAGCAACUAGAGGAUGCUAGGGAGAGAUUCCGUGCGCUGCGGACAAACUACUUGCAAGAAGAUGCACUGGUGGCCAACGUGUCGAGGGAGAACCAGCUCAUCAUCUACCAGCACCUGGUCAGAGACGCCUUUGCCCUCGCUGGUGUAAACUCCAACGACUAUCCUGGAUGUUUCGCAGCCUGUGUUGACAAGUGCUUGGAAACCAGAGUCCUGGAUACCAGGGCCUGGAGCUCCUGGGGCGGUUAUCGCGAGUUUGCCGAACUGGCAAACGCCGCCGCAAAGUACACGCAGGAGACGCACAAGAUUCAUUUACCUUACGCGCCUUUUCUGGUGGCAGCCAUGGCCGUCCGCAUGCUCCGCAAGUUUGAGCCACGACCUGAAGACCAGCUCACCCCGCUGGUUAUCAACUUUCAGAUGUUCGAGCACCUGCAAGGCGUCAUCAAGUCGUGGACGCCAACGACUCCCGUUAUUAUGCACACCACUCUUGACUACAAGAAUGCCAAAGGUCAGGCCAAAUUUGACGACCCUCAGCGGCUCGCACAGACGGCAGGAGUGGUGAUCUUGAUCGAGGAGGACGACGCAAUCACUAACAAGGCGGGCCUGACAGUGGAAUGUCAAGAAUUUGUCCAACCGUUCGUCAAGCCGAGACCCAGAGACACAGUCAUGGUGGCCGUUCAUAUCAAGCGAAGACUCACACGCGAUGAAGUGGCCUUUGAAGUUGACCCGACUAUGGACCAACUAAUUGCCGAAUACGAGAAGGUUCAAGCUGACGAGCUGCUGGACGAACUGACUGAGCACAUGGUUGCGGUCAUGCCGGCGAGUCGAAAGCUUCUCUUGGGCGCAUGGGCGGAAGUCGAAGGAAAGAAAGCCGUGGUUGACUGGGUCAAGAAGGCCAAGGAGGACAAGACUGAAGUCGAGUGGACCGAGAGCAAACUGGUUCCGGAGGAAUGGUCUGAUAUGGUUCAGCCGCACGAACAUCUCGAAACUCUGCUUGAUAUCACGAAAGACAUGGACGACGCGGUGCGACAGAGGAUUGCUUCAUUGGUCUUCGGUAUUCGUCACUACUUCAUUACCAUGCGGAAGCGACACAUGGACAAGGCAGAGAAAGAGGCUAUGAGAGAGAUGGGCGGCUUGUCACAGGGACUUCUAGACAAGAUCAAGCGAGAGAUCGACCAGGUCUUUCAAGAAGCCAUCGGCGAACCUAGUUUAACCUGGAUUCAGGGCCUGUAUGCCCAAACCUGA